AUGGGGCUAGACGACCCUAGCAACAGCGUCAUCACCGACUACGGCGACUAUGACGACCCUAGCAAUAGCGUCAUCAUCGACUACGGCGACUAUGACGACCCUAGCGACCGCACCACCAUCGACUACGACGACUAUGACGACCCUAGCGACCGCACCACCAUCGACUACGACGACUAUGGUGGCUCUAGCUACGGCGUCACAGACGAAGACGAUGCUCCGGUGGGUGCUAUCGUCGGUGGUGUGGUGGGCGGAACACUCCUCCUGGCUGCUGCAGUCAUCGUGGCUGUGAUGUGGAAAUCUGGUCGCCUGGAGGCCUGCAAAUGCCGCAAAAAUACGAAGUCUGAGUCCAUUGCUUCUCCUGAGGGGGUAAGGUACCCCCGGUCUGCUUCAGGAGUAAGGUACCCACGGGCUACUAAUGUUCCCUCCGAAAAUCCUGGUGAUGGAGGUGAUUCAGGACUAAGAUACCCCCGGACUAGUGCCGCUGUACCCUCGGUGAAUUCUGAUGGAGGUUCUGGUGCUCGGUACCCCCGGGGGGUGUAAUUGCUCCCUUCAACCUUCCGUUUGAAAAGGCUAGGGUUAGGCGUUCACGCCCCGUUGCCCUCCUUAUGAGGAUGACAAGUGAUGGUUCCAUAGCCCGCUGUCAAUCGUUUGACGCGAGCCUGCC